ACCCCUACGUGGGUUUCAUCCUCGCUUCACGGGGAUCUCAAUGGCGAGAUCUAACAAGUAGGGGAGGUUCGUCUUGGUUCUCUCCUGUGUCGGCCAGGGGUCGUCCUCGUCGCGGAUUCCCUCUGGGCUUACUCAAAUUCCGCAUCUUCCUCGCUCGUUUGGUCCAGAAACCUCGAUCAACCUCUUGAGAGACUUCCCGGUGCGGGCGAUCUGGCUUCCGAGUCGGCGGAUGAGGAAAAGGAUAAAAGAGUAUUAGAUUCAAAAACGUUGAACGCAACUUUUGCUGACUUGCCAACACCAGAGUUAGCAUGGGAAGAGAUGGCAGAGGCACCUGUUCCACGUCUAGAUGGUGCAGCUAUACAAAUUAAAAAUCUUUUAUAUGUCUUUGCUGGAUAUGGUACAAUCGACUAUGUCCAUUCUCAUGUAGAUAUAUAUAAUUUUACUGAUAAUACAUGGGGAGGAAGAUUUGACAUAUCCAAAGAAAUGGCUCAUUCUCAUCUAGGAAUGGCAACGGAUGGGAGAUACAUCUAUGUUGUGACUGGACAAUAUGGUCCUCAAUGUAGAGGUCCUACUGCUCGUAAUUUUGUGCUGGAUACAGAGAAAAAAGAGUGGCACGAUCUGCCACACUUGCCAGUACCUAGGUAUGCUCCAGCUACCCAACUCUGGAGAUGCAGACUCCAUGUCAUGGGUGGAAGCAAGGAGGAUCAUCACGAACCUGGAUUAGAACACUGGAGUCUUGCUGUGAAAGAUGGGAGGGCCUUGGAGAAAGAAUGGCGGGGUGAAAUCCCUAUACCUCGUGGUGGUCCCCACAGGUUUGUGGGCCAUUUAUCUAAAGUUGUUUGCAGCGAUGUCUACACGCUUGAUAAUGUAAUGAAAUGGAAGGAACUUCUGACCAUGCUGAAACCAGAUUCUCAUAUAGAAUUUGCAUGGGUUAACGUUAACAAUUCAAUUAUAAUUGUUGGAGGCACAACAGAAAAGCAUCCUAUAACCAAAAAAUGGUGCCAGUUGGAGAAGUGUUUCAGUUCAAUUUGGAUAAAUUGGAAUGGUCAGUGUUGGGAAGGAUGCCUUUCCGCAUCAAGACCACCUUGGUCGGCUACUGGAAUGGCUGGUUUUAUUUCACAUCUGGCCAGCGAGACAAGGGUCCAAAUGAUCCUGCUCCCAAAAAGGUUGUUGGGUGCAUGUGGAGAACUGAACUGCAUCUAUAGCUUCUCUCGGUUCUGAUAGCAGAUGAGAUUUCCUUUUUGAUGUUCAGGCCGUGUAGGUUAACCUUCUGAUCAUUCUUGGCUCAAAUAUAGGAUCUAUUUAUGUGUUAGAUCAACCUUCUGAUUAUUCUUAGGUUGGUUUCUUUUGUUUUGAGAAGCGAUCAGAAUGCUCGUCAUUCGACUCUGAUCAAUUUCGGAUGUGGUUUAGUGGAUGUUUUCAUUUGCAAGUCACAAAAGAUUCAAACGUUUGGCUCAUGGUUUAGUCCAGAAUCAAUGAUUAUGCUCAUUGAGUCUAGCAUUGCCAGGCCAAUGAUGGUUAAGUGGAAAUCAUUUAAAUAUGAUUCCUCUUGAGUUUUAAGAUUAUGAAAAUGUACUUCAUAUUUUUACAAACUUUUACCAUUGUAUCUCUUACACAUUAGUUGUUUUAAUUUAUCUAACAUUGUUAUGAAAA